UCCUGCUGUACGUCUUCUUGAGACUGGAGAGGGACUGGCUUCACUUCGUAUGGCAUUUUGUGGUUUGAGUGAAUGAAAAGGGUUCCUCAGGACUAGUAACUGAGAAAACCAGACCAUCAGUGCUGCAUAAUAGUGACUGUUAUAGAUUUUCAAAGACAUGCGGCUUCAGAGGGAUCACUGCUCCUGGAGGACAUGAUUGAAGAUGACAUGCAAACAUGAAUUAGACAGCCAUCUACAACGUCCUUUCAGCCAGUAUCAAGAUUGAGUAAGAUCAGAAGGGGUGAAAACCUUGGCCAAGGCUGUGUUCAGCAUGGAAUGAUUGGCAGCCGUGUAUCACUGAACCCUCUGCCACAUUCAGUCUCCAGCACUGAGCGAGAUGGCUUUUCCCAACUGCAAGUACGACCUGGAGCAGGAACACGUCCCACAGACAGGGUUUGUCGUGAGCCCGGCUGCCCAGGUGGAGCAGAUGUCCGUGCAUGGUGCUGUCUGCCAUGGUCCAACAGACAUCAGCUACCUGGCAGGGUCGUUGGACGACAACUCCCUCGUGAGCCGGCAGCAAGGUGACCCUCAACCGGCAGCAGUGGGGACACCGCGGCAUCCUCUACACACUGUGCAGAAGUCCAAGUACGAGACCAAACCGCUCGCUGGGCACAGCCUUGAGCAGACGGUGCACUGUGAGCUGUUGCACUAUCAGUCUCCAGCACAACACGGCUACUGUUCCCUUCCCUCUCUGCAGCAGUACCCGGCCAUCACCGGUUACUCUGGGGGCAUCCCAACUGUUCCGUACCACUACCAAAGGAUUGCGCCUCACAUUAACCCGGAUCCACACCAUCUGCUCUACCCUAAGCCCAUUUACUCGUACAGCAUUCUGAUCUUCAUGGCUCUGAAGAACAGUAAAACAGGGAGCUUGCCUGUCAGUGAAAUCUACAACUUCAUGACGGAGCAUUUCCCUUACUUUAAGACCGCACCGGAUGGCUGGAAGAAUUCCGUGCGACACAACCUCUCCCUGAACAAGUGCUUUGAGAAGGUGGAGAACAAGUUUGGGGGCAACUCGAGGAAGGGCUGUCUGUGGGCCCUCAACCCCAGCAAGGUGCAGAAGAUGCAGGAGGAGCUACAGAAGUGGAGGAGGAAGGACCCUGCGGCCGUCAGGAAGAGCAUGGCCAAGCCAGAUCAACUGGACAGACUGAUUGGAGAAAAAGCUGACAGAACCAGGUCCCCAGUGAUGGUGCCACCCCCUGUCCACCUCGAAACACUGCUGUCCGCCCAAGACACGUCCCGUUCCGGUCUGGGCCACAUCCAACCUCAGUGCCUGCCGCCCGACCCUCGGCCUCACCCACACUGCCAGGGCAGGGCUCAGGUGAACACCAGCGCAGGGAGGAGCCAAACCAUGCCUCAGCUUCACCAGCCUCAGCCAAGCAGAGGCCAGGCUGACGGUGUUCUGGAACCUUCCCAGUCAGCUCACAGCCCACUGGUGGGCAGCAUUCCUGACAUCAGCAGCCUGCUGCAUACCGAGCACCCUGUGGCCAGGGAUGUACAGCACAUCCCCAUGGAAGGAGACUCUGGCACAGACAUCGACGCCCUGAAUCCCAGCCUCGUAGACUUUGAACUUCAAGGUAACCUGUGGGAGGUGCUGAAGGCUGACAGUUUAACCCUCGACCCGCUGGUCUCGGCGGCAAUGUCACCCCAAAGCCCCUCGCUGCUUCCCUUCUGCUGGACAGACAUGGCUGCAGUCACUCAGUCCCGGGGUAGCGACAGCGGCCCGGCCGACCCCCGGCUGCCGGAGAUGUGCGCCGGCUGUCCCGGGUCAGGGAGCAAGUCGCGCUCCCAGCUCACUCACACCGGCUGCACCCCCGUAGCACUGGUGUAAUGUGGUGACACAGCGGCCGCAGACCCGCCACUGCCAGCACCGUCAGACCCCCCCGCCGGCACCGUCAGCUCCCGCAGACCCCGACCCCCCCCCCGGCACCGUCAGACCCCCCCGCCGGCACCGUCAGCUCCCGCAGACCC